AUGCCCCCACAUCAAGUACCUUACACUGUUAAGUUAAAAACAUGUUUGAAAAUGUGUAUUCACCGUCUACGGUAUGCCCAAGAGAAACAGAUAUCUGUUGCAAAACAAAAUCGUCGUCAAGUAGCUCAAUUGCUAUCUGAAGGUCAAGAACAAAGAGCCCGUUAUCGUGCUGAAACUUUGAUUUUAGCAGACAUUCACGCUGAAUUAUUUGAGAUAUUGUUGGUUUACUGUGAACUAUUAACUGCGAGAGUUCAUAUUCUGGCUACAUUAGCAGCAGAAAAUGAACCAGCUCAUCUACCUUUAGGUUCUAAUACACCUCCUGCAACACCGAGCCCUAAUCCUGAAAGUAAUUUUGGAAUGGAGUCAUCUAAUGAUAAACCGUCUAGUGAACGUGAUGCAGUUCGUUCUAUGGUAUAUGCUGCCCCAUAUAUUCCAGAAGUUCGUGAAUUAAAUCAAUUGAGUGAUCUACUUUCUCAUUCUUGUAAGGGCUUCUUAAAUUCGCCACUGACUGCCCCUGAAAAAAUCACUAAAAAAUGCAAUCCUCCAUUACCUUCUGAAGAAUUAGUAAAUUUAUAUUUAACAGAAAUUGCCAAAACUUAUGAUGUCACUUGUAGUUUGUAUGAUGCUUCAAGUACAAGUAAUUAUGAUGAAGGUGAUGAAAUUGAUCAGGAUGAUACUGACUCUGGAGAUGAAACUUCAGGAUGUCAAGAUGAAAAAGAUGAUGAAAAAAAAAUUCCAAUGCUUCAAAGUCUAAGAAUAAUAAAAAUAACACUCCCUCAAAUGAUGAAGCUUUAA